AUGACACUGCCAAACCGUGAAGUCACUGCGGAUGAUACGGAGGGCAUCCCACCAAACUUGCCAGCUAUAAGGCAAUCUGCCCGCAAGAAAAAUCCGACUGUCACCCCGGGUUUUGUUGUGACCCAGGCGGAUUCUCGCAAAUCCCUCCGACAACCUGAACCUAUUCGCCAAAAUACUCGCGGUUCCAAGUCAACUCUUCCUACAAGUUCAAGUCCUGUACCCGAGUCCGAAUCCCAGACUGACCGGCCCUCACAGUCAAGGCCAGACCCUUCUGUUGAAUCCGAACAACUCUACGACAUCAUUCAGGACUCAGAUGAAGAAAACCAGCGAAUAGCUGGACGUUCACUUAAAUCCAAAGCUGAAAGGAAGAUUGCCCCUCGGAAGGACGGCACCGACAGCAUACUAGUUUACUUCAAUCAAAUCGAUCAAUCUCUUUCUUACACCUGCAUUUGGUGCACCAAGGUUGUGAAAGCAUCUAACUCGUCAUACUAUAACUUGAAAAUUCACCGAGACGGGGCCGACUGUAAAGGAACGAUCCGAGCUGCUUGCCCCAAUCGAUCGAGAGCUAUUGCAUCUGGUUGCAAAUUACCUCCGUCUGCAGCUCAAAGAGCUCAAGAAUCAUCUGAAGCCGACAAGAAGUCUGGAACAGCAAUGUCGGCAUUUGUAACCAAGGGUCGUUUCGACAACCAUACGUUGAACAAAAUGAUGGUGUUCUGGCUUAUUCGACAUUCACUACCCUGGGCUCGAUUUGAAGAUGAAAUGUUACGUAUGAGCUUCGACUAUGUGGAUAGUAAUACCAAGCUUCAUUCACGGACCUGGGCCUCGAUCACUGCUCAGAACCUUUAUCUGGUCCUUCAGAAAGAAGUGUUGUCUGAAAUCAUGAAUGCGAACUCAAAAAUCAGCCUUGUGUCUGAUGUUUGGACUACUAAAGGAGGCCAUAAGGCAUUCAUCGGGAUCUCAGCGUGUUACAUCACUAAAGAUUGGACUUAUCGCUCACAGCACCUGGCAAUCAAAUACAUCUCUUGGAAUCACAAGGCCAAAACAACCGACUCCGGUUCUAAUAACUUCACUAUGUCUUCUGAACUAUCUCGCUUAAUUCGCGAUAACGACGGGACCUUCUGGGAUCAUGCGGUAAAUCACCAGCGAUGCUUCUGCCAUGUGCUCGCACUGAUUUUGGGAGCGGGCCUUGCUGCCAUCAAGCUGUCGACUGAUGAGGGCCCCACUCCACGAAAACCCGAAUCGUUUCCUACGCUUGAGACAAUCACCAAGGAGGGUGAACUUCUAGAAGAUGAUCCAGCAUCUGAUGGGGAGGAGGAGAUAGAUCCGGAUGAUUUGUCCGAAUGUGAUGCUGAAUCCGAUGGAAACAGCAAGUCAUCUGAGACGAUCAAAACCAAAGGAAAAUAUGCUGAGAGUGGGAUCGGUUUCACUUUGAAAAAAAUUGACUAUGUCUGUCGCCGCAUCGCAAGCUCUCCUGCAAAGCAAUCUGAGUUCAAAGUUUGGGCUCAGAAGCUUGGCUACGAAGGACCUGGAAUCAUCGGGGGCUAUGGAAUACGGUGGAAUAUUGCUUACGACAGCAGGAACCGAGCAUACAUGGCAAGAAAAGUGAUUAAUCAGCUUCUUGUCAACGAAUCCGAGAGUGGAAAUCGCAAGACGUUCAAUGGAUACGAGUUCUCUUCCAAGGAGUGGGAAAAUGUCAAAGUACUCAAUUCGGUGCUCAAGGUAAGUUGA